CUAACAAAGGGUUUAAGAAUCACACAAGGUUUAGUUAUAGGAAAAGGUGAAAGGUCAGAAUGGCAUGGGGAGAGCGUGGAAGGGAUCGAAAAGGGCUCUUGCCGUAGUGCAUUAAAUGGUUGUUGUCUUUCUUUUGUCUGAUCAAGAAUAAAGUUGUGAAGAGGAGAGGGUUGUAGGGAGGAGACUGUUAGAAAGGAGAAAUCAUAGGUGGUCCUCUCUCCUGCUCUUUGUACUUUGCUUUCAAAGGGCCUCCUCUCUUGUAUAUUUCUAAGGAGAGGAUCCCCAAGCCCUUCAACCCCAUUGCCUCUCUCUCUCUCUCUCUCUCUCUCUCUCUCUCUCUCAUUUCAUCAUUGCAAAUUGAUUUGGGCUAACAGAUUGGCAGAAGGAAGAGACAGUUGAAAAGCAAUUCACUCCCAGACUGAGGAUUUUGUUUUCUUUUCUAUCAUCUAGGCAUUAUGAGUGCUUUUCAUGUGUUCUUCACCUACUUGAUGUUGGUCAUUUUCUUAGGCAGCAAUGCUGGCUUGCAUGCAGCCAUAGGAGCUCCAAACAUGUUACAAAAACAUGUGCAUGAAGAUACUCCAUCCACACCAUCACAAACAGUACUGGAAUCAAAAGCAGCUUAUUCAGAGAAGAGGAAGAUAAUGCCAAAUGGGAAAUGUACAAACAGAGAUAUUAGCAUCUCCCAAAGCAAAGGCUCAUCAACAGGGAUCCCACAAUACAUAGUUCAGAUUGUCAACACCUGCAUGUCUGGCUGUGCACCAUCCGACAUACACCUGCACUGUGGCUGGUUUGCUUCUGCAAGGAUAGUAAACCCAAGAACAUUCAAGAGGCUGUCUUUUGAUGAUUGCUUGGUGAAUGGAGGAAGGCCUUUGAGGAGUAGCCAGGUCAUCCGUUUCACCUACUACAACUCCUUCAUGUAUCCUCUUGCAUUCAAAUCUGCAACGUUCUGCUGAGAGAGAGAGAGAGAGAGAGAGAGAGAGAGAGAGAGAGAUGAGUCCAUCUCUCCAUCCAUGGAAUCUGCACCAAGUUGUAGACAAACCCAAUCGCACCACUGAAAUUCAAACCAAAACCUACUCAAAACCCAAAACCCAAGAUAACCCAAAUCCUAUCUAUCCAUGCAAUCUCCACCAAGUUGUAGUCAAAUCCAAGUGCACUAUCGGUGAAAUUCAAACCAAAAGCUAUUCAAAACCCAAGAUAACCCAAAUCCCAAAACCCAAUAGCCCAAAACGAGAGAGAGAGAGAAAUCUUGUCAGCUUUUCACAGGCCUAUUAGAUAGCUAAAAGACCUAUUGUCUGGGACCUUGUUUUUGUCACUGUUGUAAAAUUGCUGUUAGAAAAGUGAUAUUCAUACCCCGUGUAUUUUAUCUAUAUGCCCACCUUUUUGGGCUUUUGGUAAUUGAGGAUCUUGCUCUUUUGUAGUACUUUAAUUCCCAAUGUAAGAAAAAAAGGGUUGCUUAUAUUAAAAUACGAGGUUGCAAGUAUCAGUUCCUUGA